CAACAUCCUGCUAAGUACCCCAACACGACACCCGGCCAUCAUCAUCAUCUCCUGCAAAUUGCACAGAACCAUCUCAGCCAGCCCCCUUAUUAGCCACUCAGCUUCACUCGACCGCCACCGUUUCUCCGCAAAAGAUGGCCCCCCGUCGUCGCACCAUGACCCCUGUUCGUGUGGAUCGUCGUUCAUCCAUGCCCAUUCUCCGCCGCCCGGCUUCCCGUCCUUCCCGCAACACGAGCACUGCUGUCGCUGCCUCUGCGCUCCUGCGCAAUGCUGCCUCGGCCUCCACGCUGCCUCUGCGGCGCCAGCAGGCUGUCUCGCACCCUACUCGGGCCCACAGCCGCCUCCACUCGGCCAGUAGCAGUGUUAGCAGCGUCGACCUGGCCCGCUCCCUCCGCCAGCGCGCCGCCUCGGCUGGUGCCGCUGAAGCUCCUGAUGCCUCGUGCGCCACCACCGACAAGCCCACCGCCGAGCAGACUCAGGAGUUACGCCGGGCUCAACUUCGCGCUCACCUCUGGACACGACUCCAGACCCUCCUCAAACCCACUCACGCCUCGACCAGUGCCUCAACCAUCCUCCCCGUGCACGAGAUGACCAUGGGUGACAACACCCAGCUCCUGCACCAACAAUUGGAGCGCCAACUUGCCCAGCAGCGCGCCCAGCAACUCUUGCAGACCCUCGCCGCCUACCAAACCCGCCGCCAGCAACAACAACAACAACAACAACAACAGCAGAUCAACAACAAUAACGACAACAACAACAUGCCUUGGCAUCAGCCCCUGCCUCGCUCGUGCAACGCCAACACGAUGCAAGCUAGCCCCAUCACCGUCCAGCCCCGUGUCCUGGAGGAGGAUGCCAUGCCGACACGUCGGGCCUCAGUGCAGGCCGCUGAAGUGGAUGACAACUCGAACAUCCAGAUCGUGCCAGCCUCGCCCUCGCGCUUGACUGCAGCCCACAACCUGGCCAUGAAUGAGGCCAACAACAACCUGCCCCCGGCUGGACCCCGUCCUCGUGCUGCUGCCGUCUUCAUCUUUGACUGCUAGAUCCCCUGUCCGCCGUCCUUGUGACGCUCUCGGUUUUAGUUUUUGCCUCGUAGCGGCGUGAUUUGCCUCUGAGCAUAGUUUUAGAAUGAGUGCCAUCCCGAAUUUAGUCGGCCUUGGCCAACCCUUC